GGUAGCCAGUUCAGUUCCGCAUCUCGGCGUGACGCCUCGCCCUGCCCUUUAAGACCCGCACUGUGGCCUCGCUGCGGACCAUGCUUCGCCACUGCACCGGCAGCAGCCACCAGAGCGUCGCAGCCGCCCCGGGCACCAUGGCGUCCACCACCUUCUCGCUCUUCUUCCCGCCGCCCGAGGCCCAGUGGCCGGCGGCGGACGAGGCCGCCGCGUUCGACGACGACCGCAGCUCCAUCACCACCUCGCCAUCGUCCCCGUCCUCCGCGUCGUCCGCGGGCUCCGUCGACUGCACGCUCUCGCUCGGGACGCCCUCGUCGCGCCGCGCCGCCGCCGCAGCGGCAGCCGCCGACCGCGCGGAGCUGGCCAAGCGCGCCGCGCUGCCGGCGUACCCGUCCGCGUCGGCGUCGCCCGUGUCGUGGGACGCUGCUGCCGAUCAGUCCUACUACUGCUGCCAGGCCAGCAAGACCGGCGCGGCCAAGGUCGCCGCGGCGCGAGCCGAGCACGACCCGCUGCUCAUGGACCGCCGCUGCGCCAACUGCGGCACCUCGUCGACGCCGCUCUGGAGGAACGGGCCUCGCGGGCCCAAGUCCCUGUGCAACGCCUGCGGCAUCAGGUUCAAGAAGGAGGAGCGGCGCGCGGCGGCGACGGCGGCCAUGGACCCUCAUCAGGGCGCGUACGGCUACGCCGCACAGCGGGCGCAGUACGGGUACGGGCCGGCCGGGAAGCAGGCGCCCGGCGCCGUGCCCUGCUACGGCGAGGGGGCGUUCCCGUGCGGCGGCGGCGACGUCGCGGACGCCGCCGAGGCGCCGUUCCUCGCGUGGCGGCUGAACGUUGUCGCGCCGGCUCCGGCGCCGGCGCCCGCGUUCGCGGUCUGGCCGGAGCGGGCGGGCUUGUUCCAGUACAACUAGCGAGGGGUGUGGAGUAAUCGGGAGGAGCGGAGCCGCCUCGGUGGGGUGCAACGGUUCUUUUUGGGGGGCGUUUUGUUGCACGGUUGCACGCGGACGCGGCUGGACUUGGCAAUUUGUAGGGUGUGGAAAGUUUGUAGGGUGUGGCACAGUGGGUCAGUGGAGGCACUUAGCUGUUCUGUUCAUCGAUAAAUUUAGCUGAUCGGAUUAACUAGCAUGCCCUGCUCUUUUCACCAACCUGUCGUUAAAAGGGGUUCCAAAAUUCGAAUUACGAGCGAUGUAAUCUGUCCAGUACGCACGAACGCAGGGCUCAUCAUCAUCAAGUAGAACGAAUAA